AUGGCAGAAGAGUACAGCGCGGAGCGCUUCCUGGAAGAGGCACCCGCCAGCGGGAAGGAGGUGGCGUCAAGGGUGAAGGCCUGGAUCGCUGCACACCACCACGAGGAGGUCCCCGACACCACCGCCGCCGCUGCCGCCGCUCCAGGCAGCGAGCCGCCCCGCCUGCGCCGCCCACUCGCCGUCGUCACCAGCGGCGGCACCACGGUGCCGCUGGAGCGCAACUGCGCGGGGUAUGCCGUCAUCUUCCUGAGCCGCCACGGAUCCGCGCAGCCCUUUGUGUCAGAGUUUCAGGAGGAGCUGGGUGCGGAGACGCUGGCCGACCUGUUUGAGCUGCGCGGCGACGGCGGCCUGCACGUGCGCAGUGCGCAGCAGGCACGCAUGGCGGCGGCGGUGGCGCGGGUGCAGCAAGUGAUGGCGGAGGGGCGCUACCUGCACCUUCCCUACACCACGCUCUUCGAGUACCUCGCUUAUCUGCAUGCCCUGGCGCUGGCCCUGGCCCCCUACGGCCCCUCUGUGCUCUUCUACCUCGCCGCUGCCGUCUCCGACUUCUUCAUGCCCUGGGCCGACAUGGCGGAGCACAAGAUUCAGUCGGCUGACGGGCCCCUCACGCUCACGCUGAAAAAGGUUCCCAAGAUGCUGGGCACGCUGCGGCUGCGCUGGUGCCCCGCCGCCAUGCUGGUCAGCUUCAAGCUGGAGACGGACGAACAGAUACUGCUGCGCAAGGCGUACGGCGCGGUGGAGGCGCAUGGCGUGCAGCUGGUGGUGGCCAACGAGCUGCACUCUCGCAAGGACAGGGUGUGGCUGGUGCAGCAGGCGGCGGCGGACCAGGGCGGCGGCAUGGCGGUGCACAAGAUUGAGCGGCCACCGCAUGUGGCUGUGAUCGAGACGCUGCUGGUGGGGAGGUGGUGGGCAGCCACCGGCGGUUCAUGGCGGCGGCGGCGGCGGCGGCAUCGCAGCGGCAGCAGCACCGGCAAGGAGAGCAGCAGCAGCGGCCUGUGGGCUAGAUCGCAGCGUGCUGCCAUCCGGGUGGACACCGAGGGCGCCAAGUUCGAGGGAUGGACGGAGCUGCGUGUGGCGGCCCCCGCCGCCACCUCUGGCGGCGCCACCGGCGGCAGCCUGGGCCUGCACUGCUAUGGCCUGGCUGUUCACUCUGUGUCGAUCAACGGCGAGCCGACCAGCUUUGAGCUGCUGCCGCCCGUCAGGGAGGAGCUGCCAGAGGGGGUCGCUGCCGCGGCCUACGACAGCCCCCAGCGCCAGCUGGCGGCGGUGGCAGAGGCUUCUUUCUACCUGUACGAGCGCCAGCUGCAGCGCGAGCGCCUGCCGGAACUGUCCAUCCAGCUGCCAGCCCAGCCGCAGUGGCAGCAGCAGCAGGGGCAGGAGCAGGCCGCCGAUGGUCCGGGCAGCGGCAGCAAAAAGGGGGAGCUGUGCAUCCGCGUGGAGUAUAGCGGCGGCAGCGGCGGCGGCACCACCUCGGGGCUGCACUUCUGGCGCCGCUACGCAUGCACCGACAACCAGGUGCGCCGGGCCAGCGCCUGGCUGCCAUGCGUGGACACGCCCUCUGCGGCGGUUUCUUUCCAGCUGGACCUCACCUGCCGCGCCGAGGAGAUGGCGGUGGGGCCGGGCCAGCUGCUGCGCCAGAGCUGGGCCGACGGCGGCAGGCAGUGGCGCACCUUUCACUACUCUGUGCCCAUCAGCUGCGCGCCCUGCCACCUGGGCUUUGCGGUCGGCGAGUUCCGGGUGGUGGCGGAGGCGGCGCCUGCGGGCAAGAAGGGCGGGGGCGCGUCCAACGGCGCCGCCAACGGCGCCGCCAACGGCGCCGCGAAUGGUACCGCCGACAAUGGCAAGUCCAAGACAGGCGCACCGUCGGCGCAUGACCCGAAGCAGCUCACCCACUUUGCGCCGCACGAGCUGCCUCCCGAGCUGGUUGUUGCGGCGGUGCUGGCGGUACCGCCGGCGGUAACGACGGACGAGCCGGAGGUGCCGUCCGCGGCGGCAGCGGCGGCAGACGGCCUGGCCCGCGCCGCCCACUUCUUCACCCUCGCCUACUCUCUGUUUGAGGAGGUGCUGGGGGCGCGCUGCCCGCUGCCCGCCAUGCAGCAGGUCUUCCUGCCCCCCGAGCUGCUGCUGAGCGAGGGCCAGUCGCUGGCGGGGCUGCAGCUGCUGGGCACCGGGCAGCUCAUCCAGGCCAGAGCCAUCGAGCAGUCCAUUGCGGCGCGCGGCGCCAUCGCUCGCGGCCUGGCGCGGCAGUGGUUUGGGGUGCUGCUGCGGGCGGCCACCCCACUAGACGAGUGGCUGGUGGAAGGGCUGGCUGGCUGGCUGGAGGAGCAGUGCCUGCGCAAGUUCCUGGGCAGGAACGAGCUGGCAUACAAGCGCUGGCGGGACAGGCAGGCAGUCUUCCUGGCCGACAACGGCGAGGCGGCGCCGCUGGCGGCCCGGUGCGCCGCGCCGCCAGUUGCCAUGCAGGGGCCUGCCACCGCCGUCGUCGCCAUGCUGGAGCGGCGGGCUGGCGAGGAACUGUUUCGCAAGCACGUGGGGGAUGUGGUGGCUGGGGCCAUAGCCGCGGUGCAGGCGGAGCAGGCGGCAGUAGCGGGCACCGCCAGCGGCGCCGCGGGGCCGUCGCAGUCGCCUGCUGCAAGACCGUCGCCUGCUGCGGGGGCGGGCUCCUUCCGAAAGGAGAUGGGCCCCUUUGCCGUGCGCUGGGUGUACGGGCGCGGCGUGCCGCACAUCACCGCAGCCUACAUCCACCACAGCCGCGUGUCUGCGCUGGAACUUGCCGUGAAGCAGGCGGGGCCGGAGAGCGCCAAGCGGGCGGCCGAUGCAGCGGAGCGUGCCGCCGUGGCGGGCGGCAGCAACGCGGGGAUCAUCAAGGCUGUGGUGCGCGAGGGCGAGCCGCCCACCUCCACAGACCACCCUGUCCACCUGGGUGGCGAGGCAUUUGUACUGACAGAGCUCAAGGUCACGCCGGUGGUGGAGAAGAAGCAGCCCGGAAGGCGAAAGCGUAAGGUGGAAGGCGUGGAAGUUGAUGAGGCGCCCAAGACCAUCGUCGCCACCCCAGAGGAGCCUGUGCUGUGGGUGCGGCUGGACCCUGCCUGCGAGCUGCUGUGCGAUAUACGGCUGAUGCAGCCCGAGCGCUGCCUGGCGGCGCAGCUGCUGCAGUCGCGGGACGUGGUGGCGCAGGCGGAGGCGAUCCAGCGCCUGGCCGAGCUGCGGGUCCACUCCGCCGCCACCUGGCGCCAGCAGCCGGGGGUGGAUGCCCUGCGCCGCACGCUGGCAGACCGGGCUGCCUUCUACAGAGUGCGGUGCGAUGCGGCGCUGGCACUGGCGGGGCUGCGGGAUGAACAGGGACAGGCUGCAGGCCUCCCCCUGCUCCUCGACUUCUACCGCUCCCACUACUUCCUGCCCGGGUCGGAGGUGCCUCGCUCCAUCGCCAUCGCCGACCCCUCAGAGUACUUUGUGGCGCAGGCGGUGGCCACGGCGGUGUCCCUGUGCCGCGAGCCCGACGGCUCCACCCCCAUCGACGUCGUCCUCUUCCUCUCCACCUGCCUCAACGAAUACGUGUCGGUGCCGGGGGCCCCCUUCAGCGACUAUGGGCUGGUGGCCGCGCUGUGCGCCUCCCUGGGCAACGUGCAGUUCGAGGGGUUUGGCGACUCCCUGCUGACUCUGCUGGAGAAGUUUCUGGAGCGGGACUCGGUGCUGGUGUCCCCGGGCAGCGCCGUGGGCUGCGCCUGCCUGUCGACCAUGGCGGCGCUAUGCGCCAACGGGACGUGCAGCGAGGAGGAGCAAGCACGGGUGGCGCUGGUGGUGCGCCGCGUGCGCCAGUCGCCCGGCCUGCCUGUGGCGGCGCGGCACGCGGCCCUGGCUGCAGCGCUGGACCUGGCCGCCGCGCAGCGCGGGCCCGCGGCGGCCCUGCAGCUGGCGGUGGCGGCGGCAGAGGCAGCACAGGCGGCAGAGGGGCCCGAGGCAGCGGCGGCGGCGCCGCCGCUGCUGCUGCCUUCGGCCUCCACCCCAGCCCUUCUGCUGGAGGAGGCAGCGCAGCUGAUGGUGGCAGCCACAGAAGCUGCGGCGGGUGCCGCCGCCGCCAGCGAGCUCUUUGGCGGGGCAGAGGGCGGCGGCGGUGCCGCCGCUGCCGUAGACAUCCCCAUGCCGCUGCUGCGGCGCCUGGCGGCGCUGCUGAGCGCUGGGCGGGACUGCCGGGCACGUCACCUGGCGUUUGUGGUACUGCAGCUGCUGGCGGUACAGCCCCCCACGCUGUACCGCCCGCCGCCGGUGGAGGCGGAGGAGGAUGCCGCCGCGUUCAUCGCCUCUGGCGCGGCCGCGGCGGCGGCAGCGGGGCAGGCUGUCAGCCUGGGCGGCGCCACCCACCGCACCGGCGGGCAGCACCCCUCGGCAGGCGCAGCAGCGGUUGCGGCAGCCCCCAAGAUCCGCCUGCACCUGGGCGGCGGCGCGGCGGGUGGCGGCGCGCGCAGCGUCGCGCUCAGCGGCGGCGUCAGCGGUCCGGAGCUGUCUGGGGAAGGCCCCGCCGUCAGCGACGCCUGCGUGCUGUCGUUGGGUGCGGUGGAGCAGCAGGCGCCGCAGCGGGAGCAGCAGCAGGGAGUGCCGCCAGAGGCGCGCGGCCAGCUGUUCUCCCCUGUGCGGGGCGCUGGUGGCCUGGUGGCGGCCGUUCCUUUUGGCACGGCGUUGGGGGGGGAGGCAGGCCAGGAGGCCGCCAGCCAGCAGCAGCAGCAGGCGGCCUUUGCAGGUGGCGAACCCUUUGUGGCGCCUCAGCCGCAGCCGCAGCCCGCAGGGCCAGCAGCCGCGCCUGCCGCGCCCAAGCUGCGUUUCAAGAUGCCGGCGCCAGCGGCGGCGCAGCAGCAGGAGCAGCAGCAGGAGCAGCCCGCUCCUGCGCCGGCGGGCAGGAAGCGCAGGGCGACGCCGCCGGCGGCUGCCCAGCAGCAGGCGCCGCCGCCGGCUGCCCAGCCGUCGUGGUGGCAGCGGGCGGCCUUCCCUGACCUGCAGCAGCAGCCAAGCGGAGCCCCCUUGGCCGCCCCUCCGCCAGACGGCAGUGCCCCGCCAGUGCCCUAUGCAGCAUCGGGAUGGGACGCAGCCGCAGGGGCGUGGGGGGCAGGCGCGCCAGGAGGUGGGGCCGGGGCGGGGCUGCCGCAGCCGCUGCCCGCGCAGCAGCAGCAGCCGCCGCAGCAGGCGCCCCCCAAGACCAAAUUCAAGCUGAAGGUCAAAAUGCCGAUGCCUCCGCAGUGA